GCGAUCUCCAUCGUGGGUGAUGAGGUCUUUAGUUUCACCAUGAGUCUGACCCCUAACGCCACAGAAGGCGCCAGUUACGCAGACACGUCCAAAACUGACGGCAGAGUGAAGCUGAACGUGGGCUGCAUCCAGGUGGUCUACCUGCACAAGUUUAUCAUGUCUCUGCUGAACUUCACCAACAACUUCCAGGUGGCUAAAGAGGCUCUGAGCGCUGCCACGGCUCAAGCUGCGGAGAAGGCGGCGUCCAGUGUCCGAGACUUGGCCCAGAAGAGUUUCCGUCUGUCCGUGGACAUCCGGCUGAAGGCGCCGCUCAUCAUCAUCCCGCAGUCCUCCACCUCCCACAAUGCACUGGUGAUGGACCUGGGUCUGAUCACGGUGGCGAACAGCUUCUCUCUGCUGCCCGUCGUCGGCUGCCCGCUGCCCGCCGUCAUCGACAACAUGGACGUCCAGCUGACGCACCUCAAACUGUCCAGGAGCUGUGUGGAGGAGGCGUCUGGGGGAGCGAGCACGGAGCUGCUGGAACCAGUAAACCUGAACCUCCACAUCAGGAGGAACCUGGCAGCCUCCUGGUACAACAAGAUGGUUGCCGUGGAGAUCGAGGGAGACCUGAAGCCCAUGAAG